AUGUCUGUGACGACCAUUGAAGGAUUGGUUUCGAAUUCUGAAAAUAACAUGGGGUUGGAUGACAAUGACAAAACCAAUGAAGAGGAUAAUAAUAAUAUUACUAACACUUCUCGUGUUGAAGGGAGUGAUAAUGAAGAAGGAGGUACUCUUAGCAGAUACAUGAGUGAGAGUUCGGUUGCUGCUACUGAGGAGGACGAGGAGGAUGAAGAUAGGAAGAUUGAAUUGGGUCCACAAUGUACCUUAAAGGAACAACUUGAAAAAGAUAAGGAUGAUGAGAGCUUGAGGAGGUGGAAGGAGCAGCUUCUUGGAGAUGUUGAUAUUAAUGCUGUUGGAGAAACCCUGGAGCCGGAUGUGAAGAUCGUGAGCCUUGCAAUAAAAUCUGCUGGUAGACCUGAUAUUGUUCUUCCGAUCCCAGAAGGAGGAAAUCCAAAGGGUUUAUGGUUUACUUUGAAAGAAGGUAGCCGUUAUAGGUUGGUUUUCACUUUUCAGGUCAACCAUAACAUUGUUUCUGGUCUCAAAUACACCAACACUGUCUGGAAAACUGGUAUCAAAGUUGAUAGCAGUAAAGAAAUGAUUGGAACCUUCAGCCCUCAAGCUGAGACUUACACUCAUGAGAUGCCUGAAGAGACAACACCGUCUGGAAUUUUCGCUAGAGGGGCAUAUACAGCUAAAAGUAAGUUUGUUGAUGAUGAUAACAAGAGCUACUUGGAGAUCAACUACACUUUUGAUAUCAGAAAGGAUUGGCAGUAA